AUGUUGAUGAGAUCUCACAAAAACCAAGCUGAGGUGCUUCUCAGAAAUUAUGUCUCAGCUGAUUCCUUUGUUGCCUUCACCUCUGUGAUGAUCGGAAUUUUCGCUUGCAAAACGGUGUAUGAUCUGAGUCAACUGUUUAGUUCCGUUUAUUUCAAAAGCUAUUUGAAGCUCGCAAAAUUUCGACAAAUUGAGUGGAGCAACCGAGCAAUGUCUACAUUUCAUGCUGUCUUCAUUACGUUUGUCUCGUUUUACUUUGUUUUCUGGUCUGAUCUUUUCACUGGUAACUUGAACAAUGGUCCGAUUACUCUUCAGAGUUCAACUAUCUCCACAUGUGUUUUGGGGGUAUCGAUCGGUUAUUUCCUUUCCGACCUCAGCAUGAUAAUCUGGUUUUAUCCUUCUUUAGGCGGGAUGGAGUAUGUAAUUCAUCAUUUUCUCUCGUUCGUGGCUGUGAGUUAUGCUAUGCUAACAGGCGAAGCUCAGUUUUACACUUUGAUGGUUUUAAUAUCCGAGGCAACCACCCCUUGGAUCAAUUUGAGAUGGUAUCUCGAUGCAGCUGGGAUGAAGGGGUCGAGUGUGUACCUUGUUAAUGGAAUAUUAGUAUUCUUGGCAUGGCUGGUUGUGAGAAUUCUUUUAUUCAUCUAUUUGUUCUGUCAUAUGUACCGGUACUAUGAUCAGGUGAAACAGAUGCACACAGCUGGACACAUUUUGGUGCUUCUUGUUCCUUCAGUGCUUUCUGUUAUGAAUUGGAUUUGGUUCUGUAAAAUAUUCAAGGGGCUGAAAAAAACAUUGUCCAAGACAAAGUGA